AUGGGGAAGACUCACAGAUCAAGCUUCGGCCCAGCUCAACACGUCACCAAAGGCAAACUCGACUACAUCCAUUCAGACUUAUGGGGAUCUCCUAAUGUUCCCAUAAGUCUAGGUAACAGUCAAUAUUUUAUCUCCUUUAUUGAUGAUUGGUCUCGGAAAGUUUGGAUUUAUUUUCUUAAGUCUAAAGAUGAAGCUUUUGAUAAAUUUUCUGAGUGGAAAAGGAUGGUGGAAUUACAAUCCGAAAGGAAAGUAAAGAAACUAAGGACUGAUAACGGUUUAGAGUUUUGUAAUAACAGGUUUGAUGGUCUCUGCAAACAAGCUGGCAUUGUCAGGCAUAAGACGUGUGCAUAUACUCCACAACAAAAUGGAGCUGCAGAGCGUCUAAAUCGAUCCAUCGUGAACAAGGUUCGAAGCAUGCUGAGUGAAAGCGGGCUAGAGCAAAGAUUCUGGGCAGAAGCUGCUUCAACAGCAGUAUAUCUGAUCAAUAGAUCACCGUCGUCGGUCAUAGACUUCGAAAUUCCAGAAGAGAGAUGGACCUCAGCUGCACCAGACCUGUCAAACCUCAGAGUUUCGGUUGUGUUUCAUAUGUUCACUCAGAUGCAGAAAAGCUCAACCCAAGAGCCAAGAAAGGCGUAUUCAUCGAUUACCCUGAAUGAGUCAAAGGAUACCGAGUUUGGUGAUAACAGGGAACCAGAUAGCUCAACUCAAGGUGGAGCUGAUCAGAGAGAAGGAGGUCCCUCUGAACCAACUCAGCCAGAGAUCGGUCACGAAGACCAACUCGUAAAACCACUCAGGCUCGAGGACUAUCAGAUUGAGGAUGAUGAAGAAGACAUCGCGGGCUACGCGUAUGUGGUAAUUGAAGACGGUGGAAAACCAGAGCCAGGAAACUUUCAAGAGGCCUUGAGAGAUCCAGACAGCGAGAAGUGA